AUGCUUCCCGACAAGGAGAACAAUGAUUUGCAGUGUCGCAUCUGCCUGCUGCAACCGAAGGAUGAGUCCCUCAUGCCCACAGAUCCGGAUUUCCCGGAGCAAAUAAAACGAUGCACGGGUGUUGAGUUGAGUAAGAACCCCAACUGGCCAAAUCACAUUUGCACAAGCUGCGCUUUGCUCCUUAGGGCGGCCCUCAAACUCCGAUCCCUUUGCCAGGAGGCGGAGAAGGUGCUCCUGAAGACAGAGGAGCAGAAGGUUCACAUUCAAAUAAUACGCAGCGACCAGGAAAUUGAGCUGUAUAAGGAGUCCAAGGAUCUCAGCGACAGCGAGGUGGAGUACGAGUACCUGGAACCGUACGAUGUGACCCUGGAGAGCGGCGAAGAGGCCGCCUGUAGUGCCGACGAGUUGGUCAGCAUCGAACCCACUAACUCUGCCCCAGAGGAGUCCAUCUUUUCACUGAGUCCCAAAGCGGAAGCCUGUGGUGAAGAGGACUCCAGCCAUGCACCAUCAUUUGCCUGUAACAUAUGCCAGAAUGUCUACACGAACCGCUUGAAGUUGACAACCCACAUGAAGCUCCACAGCACUGAGAAACCACACGAGUGCGAGAUCUGCCAUAAACGAUUCCGGCAGACACCGCAGCUGGCGAGGCACAUGAACACCCACACUGGCAAUCGUCCCUACAAGUGUGACUACUGCGACGCCAGCUUUGCAGAUCCAUCCACGCGCAUCAAGCAUCAGAGGAUCCACACCAAUGAAAGACCGUACAAGUGUAAGUUCUGCAGCAAGUCCUUCGCCUACUCAAAUGUGCUCCGGGUGCAUCUAAAAACGCACACGGGUGAGCGACCAUUCAGCUGCCAGUACUGCCAGAAGACUUUCUCCCAACUGCACCACAAAAACGCCCAUGAAAAAUCGCACAAACCCAAAAAAGACCUGGAAAUGUGGGGAUGACUAGUAAGAGAAACUUUGUAAUACAUAGACACAAAUUUGUUUUUAGACAUAGUUCUUUUAAAAUUACCAUAGUAACUAAAUGCCAUGGCAACGAAAUAUAAAUCUUAAAAAGCACA